CUACAUAGGUUUGAUAGGUGAGAAGAGGUAGCAAUAUCAGCGUAAUAAAAAGUUUAUGCAAGUCCAUGGGAUGUAUUGCAGAUGAAGAUGGAAGAAGAGAAAGCCAAGAGUAUAAAAAUUGGUUGUUUGCUUUAACCAAUGGAUAGGGUUGGGGCGGCUCUGGCCAUGAUUGUUGUGUGCCUGGGCAGGAAUUCCAUUUGCCACUGAAACCUCUGCCAUACGUUUUCCGUGGCUCAGCAACUUCUGUGGUUUUAUCACUGGCUGUACCAUACAUGCCAUUUAACCACACAUAUACAUCCUUGUUUUUCUUGAAUAAUGUAUCACUAGUAUUCGGAUAGAAUUUGAAACCUCUGAGGACAUGAAGUUUGUAUCAUUAUCCUGCUCAAAAGGAAUUUUUUUAUCUAGUCCCUGUUAUUUUUAAUUGUCUUAAGGCAUUUCAUUGUGACCGGGAUAGGACUGGACAAGUGGUGAGCUAUGGAUCGUCCUCUAUUAAUCAAGAGGUCACAAUCAUGUAGAAUAGACGGUAUUUAAUUCUCCAACUUGGCUUGACCGCAAGUAGCCAAGUCUCCUAGUCAGCGACCUUACACUCAUGUAGAGCCACUAUCUGGCAUGUAAUUAUCAUCCUUGGAGUUUAUUAUUCUCAAAAAAAUCCUUGGAGUUAUUUUUUUGUUAAUUUGGCAGCCAUAUCCGUAAGAUCUCUAAGCUUCCAGGGUUGGGAGGCUCCAUUCAUCCGAGUGUUUGUGCUUCUCCGUACCAGUCUGCCAUGGCGAUGCCCGCUGCUCUGAAGGCCUUCACUGUUUUGUUUGUGCUUGCAGUUCUUGCUGCAGAUCAGGUUGAAGGGCGGCAUCAACGACCUGAUUGUCCUUCUUUCUCGUGCGGCCCUCUUAGAAAUGUAUCGUCCCCAUUUCGUCAGGCAGGUGAUCCACCUGGUUGUGGUUAUGGAUCUUAUGAGCUGGUUUGCAGUGAUACCAAGGCAACAAUUCACAUUGACAAUGCAACAUACUAUGUGCCUUCCAUCAACUACAGUGGUUCUUACUUCUGGGUCGUCAAUGCUGAAUUGGAUUUAUACAACGGAUGCCCUCUACCUCGGUGGAAUUGGCAUCCCUAUAUAUUCCAGGAAGGCCAGGAAGUCGAAUUGGCCCCCUUUGUAAGUAGUAAGGCUUGCUUUCUUAAAUGCUCUCGGGAAGUAAAGCACAAUGGUAUGUACAUGCCUGUUGCUUGCUUGAGCACCAAUGAUACCUCUGUUUACGUGUUAACUGGUUAUGGAUCUAAUUAUAUGGAGUAUCUUGAGCCUUCUUGUGCGUACAUGGCCAUGACUCCUUUGCCUUGGGAAAGUCGACAGCUAGAUAAUUCAAGUUAUGCAGAUGUUGUGAAAUCCAUGAGGAGCGGAUUUGCUGUUCAAUUCCCUUUCAGAUUUUCUAGGGGGAACAUCAUAGAUUGCCUAAUGAACUUCUUCCGCUCCCUUGAACUGAGAGUAUCUAGUGAAGGCAUCAUGGGAUCUGUUCUGCGCAUUUUCUGGGCUCAUGAAUUCUUCUUGAUCUGCGCACUGCAAGUAACUGGUUUUGGUUAUGCCUCAUUAUAUAUAGCACUUGUCAUCACGACUGUGACGUUGAUUGCUGUGCUAUGCAGGUUCGUGUUGGCACCGCUGACUAUGUUGAUCUUCCUGGCCUACAAGUACUGGAAAACAAGAAUAACAAUCGAUGCGGUUGAGAAGUUCCUUCGAAUGCAGCAAAUGCUCGGCCCGAUAAGAUAUGUCUAUACUGAUAUCAUCGCAAUCACAAGCCAUUUCAGAGACAAACUAGGUCAAGGUGGCUACGGCUCCGUGUACAAGGGUGUGCUUCUCCCAGGUGAUCUCCAUGUGGCCAUCAAAAUGCUAGAGGGAAAUUCUAACUGCAAUGGAGAAGAUUUCAUCAACGAGGUCUCCACCAUUGGCAUGAUCCACCAUGUCAAUGUGGUCCGACUUCUGGGGUUCUGCUCAGAAGAAAUGAGAAGGGCUCUGGUUUAUGAAUACAUGCCUGGAGGUUCUCUUGACAAGUACAUCUUCUCGUCAGAUAAAGAGAAGUCCUUCUCCUGGGAUAAGCUCAACGAGAUUGCAUUAGGCAUUGCCAGGGGCAUCAACUACCUUCAUCAAGGGUGCGAGAUGCAGAUUCUACAUUUUGACAUCAAGCCCCACAACAUCCUUCUUGACAGCAAUUUCGUCCCAAAAGUUGCUGAUUUCGGUCUCGCCAAACUGUACCCAAGGGACAACAGUUUUGUGCCAUCCAAUGCCUUACGGGGAACUAUUGGAUACAUAGCGCCUGAGAUGAUAUCACGGAGCUUCGGUGUCAUAUCAAGCAAGUCUGAUGUUUACAGCUUUGGGAUGCUGUUGCUGGAGAUGGCCGGAGGAAGAAGGAAUGCUGACCCGAAUGCAGCAAACUCAAGCCGGUCUUACUACCCAUCAUGGGUGUAUGACCAACUGAGUGAACAAGAAGUGGUUGAGCUAUCUCCCGUUGAUGACAUGCAUGAGUUGGAGAAGAAGUUAUGCAUCGUUGGUUUGUGGUGCAUUCAGAUGAAGUCCCAUGAUCGCCCGACGAUGAGCGAGGUGAUAGAGAUGCUGGAACGUGAUGCUGACAUCUUGCAGAUGCCUUGUAGACCAUUCUUCUGUGACGAAGGGCACACACAUGUUGAGGAUUCCUACGAUUUGUCAUCCGAGCUGACCACAAUCUGUGAAGAUGAUGAGUAAAAAAAUAUGCGUGUGAUGUAUCUCAUGCAUGCGCCUGAGAAGCUGAAGUUAUGGUGGUAGUUUUACCGAGUAUGAAAUAGGUGUCUCUGGAAGCAUGUACUAAUAGCUAGCAGUCUGUGCUACUGCUAUAUCCAUUAUAAAGUGCUAAAAUGCAAUAAUCUUCCUGGAAGACAUAUUGUUUGAAUGUACUGUUAGAGGAGUA